GGAGAGGUCGGACAGCGCCAGGGCCACGCACCAUAAGGGAGGAGUCAUUGCUGCUCACCUCCGGCCGCUCGCAGCUCCGAGUCCGAGUCUGGGGGGCGGUGUGGGCCGGGAUUCCCGCUGCAGGAUCGUGGGCACUCCGUCGCGGCGGGCCGUUGCAGUUACAGUUCUUGGAAACGGAGCUGCUGGCGGGUUGCUAGGAGCGUCAGUGUUUGGAGUGGGCGGAGCAAAGCGCCACGCACGUCGCCAGGCGCAGGAAUCGAGCGCCGAGAGAGCGAGUCCGUGCCGGCGGCGCCGGGUCUGCCUGACGGCGCCGCGCAGCCAGACUGGACCGGGUGCCGAGCGGAGCCGCCGCCAUGGGUCUGGGCGUCAGCGCCCAACAGCCCGCGGGCGGCGCCGAGGGCUUCCACCUGCACGGGGUGCAGGAGAAUUCCCCGGCCCAGCAGGCGGGCCUGGAACCGUACUUUGACUUCAUCACCACCAUUGGGCACUCCAGGCUGAACAAGGAGAAUGACACGCUGAAGGCACUACUGAAAGCCAAUGUGGAGAAGCCUGUGAAGUUAGAGGUGUACAAUAUGAAGACCAUGAAGGUGCGCGAGGUGGAGGUGGUGCCCAGCAACAUGUGGGGUGGCCAGGGCCUCCUGGGAGCCAGCGUGCGCUUCUGCAGCUUCCGCAGGGCCAGCGAGCAAGUCUGGCAUGUGCUGGAUGUGGAACCAUCUUCACCUGCUGCUCUUGCUGGCCUGCGCCCCUACACAGACUAUGUGGUUGGCUCAGACCAGAUCCUCCAGGAGUCUGAGGACUUCUUUACGCUCAUCGAGUCUCAUGAGGGGAAGCCCUUGAAGCUGAUGGUGUAUAAUUCCGAGUCUGACUCGUGCCGGGAGGUGACUGUAACUCCCAACGCAGCCUGGGGUGGAGAGGGCAGUCUGGGAUGUGGCAUUGGCUACGGCUAUCUACACCGGAUCCCAACUCAGCCCCCCAGCUACCACAAGAAACCACCUGGUGCCCCACCACCUUCUGCUCCAUCACCUGGUACCCCACCAACUGAUGCCUCACUGCAUGGUGCCCCACCACCUGGACCCGCCCCGGAGGACCCUCCUCCCGUGGAGACAGGUUCCAGGCAGAGUGACUACAUGGAGGCCCUGCUGCAGGCACCUGGCUCCUCCAUGGAGGAACCCCCUUCUGGGCCUGAGAGUCCCAGCCACACUGCUCCAGAUUCUGGUGGACUUCCCCGUUCUAUGGAGACUCCUCUUCAGCCCCCACCUCCAGUGCAGCGAGUCAUGGACCCAGAACUGUACCCCCCUCGCCUAGGCUUCCUGGACGUGUCGGGAAUUUCCCUCUUGGACAGCAGCAAUGCCAGUGUGUGGCCCAGCCUGCCUUCUUCCACAGAACUGAUUUCCACAGCUGUCUCAACCUCAGGGCUCGAGGACAUCUGCUCCAGCAGCAGUUCUCAUGAGCGGGGUGGUGAGGCUACAUGGUCUGGAUCGGAGUUUGAGGUCUCCUUCCUGGACAGCCCAGCUCCCCAAGCCCAGGCGGACCACCUGCCUCAGCUGACUCUUCCCGACAGUCUCACCUCUGCAGCCUCACCAGAAGAUGGGCUGUCCGCCGAGCUGCUUGAAGCUCAGGCUGAGGAGGAACCAGCAAGCACAGAGAGCCCAGAUUUGGGGAUGGAGGAUGAGGGGCUGGCCAGCCAGGCCCAGAUCUCUACCGCAGAGAAACACCCUGAGCUGUGACAAGGCCCUGAUGACGUAUCAUGAGGCCAGAUGUGGGCAGGCAGCCCAGGCUGCACGAGGCAGUCAGCCCCAUGCCGACCCUAGCCCUGUGUGUUCAGCUUUCUGGGCUACAGCUCCAGGUGAUGUGCAGGGACUUCCACUGGCAGGGGCUUCUGUGUCCUCACACUCUACUUAUAGUGUCCAGGAGGUGACCUCCAGCAUUUACCCUGCCUGACAGUCCUGGCUUUGGGGGUUUCAAACAAGUCUUUUUGGGGUAGUUGAGGGCUGGGAGCAGCACCUCAAAUUGUUUUAUAGGAGCUGCGGUAGGAGAGGAAGGAUUCUUUGCUGUUUGGGUGGGGCAUGAGGCCUCACUGGAUGGUGAGAGGGGGCCAUGGGCCUUGUGGGAGGACAUCUUUUGGCUGUGUACCCACAGGGCUUGGUCCUGCUCUGUUCACUGGGGCUGCCUAGGAGGCAGCAGGGUCUGGUCAUAAUCAGUGUGAAGAUGAGGAAGGGACUGCUGUCCAGUGUCGGCCUGGUCACUUUGAUUCUUCCUGCACAGCUCAGCCCACCCCAUCUGUACUGGAAGGGACCCUGGAGCCCUGGGACCACCCCCUUUCAAGUUCCAAUCACUGAGUCCUCUGUCAGGUGUCCUUGUCCCUAGGCUACACUGCCACAGUUGGCUCAGGCUGGCCACCAUGCUAAUCACAGUAGGGAGAGAGGUAGUAUACUAGCCCCCAUCUCCUGGAGGGAGGUAGGUUGGAAAUUCUAGGCCCUUCAGCAGAUACCCAUUUGUGCCCAGACUGCAGUAUUUCUUCUUCCUCAGGGACUGCAUGCCACAGAACUGUAUCCCCAGUGGCAACUUCUGUUAGCUCCGGAACUUCAACAGUGAUCUUUUCUAAACACACAAGGCACCUACCCAGCCCCAACCGUGAAUAAAAGUUGCAAGUUUAAGUUCACCACCCUAAGCAGUUUCUCAAAGCCAGUCCACCUGUGAGGUCUAUUCACACACAGUCCCCAACCCCAAGGGGGAAUUAGGGGCACAGGUAAGAGUAGGUAAAGACCCUUCUGUUCUUUCCUAUUGUAGGGGAGGAAGCUGUUCUCCCCACCCCAGGUGCCCUUGGAGGUUAUGGCUAGGUUGGGCCCUGUACUCCAUCCGGGGACAGCCCCUCAUCACCUGAAGUCCUCUGCUGUGUUGACUGGACCCUCACUUCCCACACUGAUCCUAUGAAAGCUGCCUCUGGCCUUGUCUUCUAGCCUGGGCCUAGUUGAAAGUCUCACCUUUACAGGAUUAUCUGUAAUGCUGGUGUUUGUGCAGGGGACUCGCAAGCUCUUGUUAGGUGUGCAGGACAAGGACUGUCUGCUCUGGGGGACACAGACCAACUAUAUGGACGGAGGGCCCCAAAUCAGCAAACACUUAAGUUUGAAGCAAACCCUUCAUUUAAAGCAAACCCUUGUCAAGCCUACCAGAGCAGUGGGAACGUGUUCAGAGUAAGGCAUUGUGUCCUGGAUUGUCUGUGAAAGUUCGCAGGAAUGCAGGAAGUAAAACAGCAUCGCCACAGGACUGUUCUGGGGCCAGCUUCCCUUAACGCUGUAGCCCGGCAGUCUGACCCAAAGUUGCCCUCACCCGAAGGUUCUGGCUCUUCCUCACUCUUACUUCCCCUUCCCCCAUAAGCUGGAGGAUAAAAUGGGUAUCAAUGCUAAUUAUUUCCAGGAAGAACAUGAAACCAGAGGUUUCUUUUUCUGUAAUCUAUUAAAGAAAAUGACAAAUGAAAAUAAAUGUGUACUACACUUUGAAA